GCCUGAUUUAUAUAUUGUUUCCUGUAGGUUUAUAGGGAAAUCCUGACCAAGCCCUUCCCUCUGAGUCCUGGCAUUCAGGCAGGGCCACCAAGGAAUGUCACAGACCAAGCGGAAAACCUCCAGUCUUUCCCUGACCAUUGGUUCCCCAGCCAAUGAAGAGUCUAGCAGCAGCAAUAAAGCCCGUCACAGUUAUUCCACAUUAAUUCAGCCAUUAUCCAUUGACCCUCAAAGAAUGCAGAGUCCACUGAAAAAGCAGACUGGAUCUGCCUGUGAAGCAGCUCCUGUCUUUGUAAAGGGCCUACAAAACAUUAGAGCAACCAAAGGACAGCUAGUGGUGUUUGAAUGUCGAAUACGAGCAACGCCCACUUUCCAAGUUCGCUGGUACAGAGAGAAUAAUCAAAUAAUCGAUUCUGCAGACUUCCGAAUAUUAAGAAAAAAAGCCUGCUUAUCCCUGGUCCCUGAGGAAGUUUGCACCUUGGUGAUCACAGAAGCGUUCCCUGAAGAUUCUGGCCUAUUUAGAUGUGUUGCUGAAAAUGAGUUUGGCUCAGUGGCGUCCGGUGCAUGCCUUCUCGUUUUCCCAGGAACAGAAGAAGAUUUAAAAACCACUCCAAUAUCAGAAGCACCAGCUAUAAUGAACAUCACCCCUGCAUCAAAGAGCGAAUACUGGUCCAAUGCUAUGCCCCAAAUGCCUGAUGCUGACCCAGCAAACCAAGUGGAGCAUGCAAGUUCCUGGUGGCAGAAUUAUGGGGAUGAGAGCAAGGAUUUCUGUAACAUGUAUGAAAACCCUUCAAAGAACUCAAAUUACUGCAGUUAUUCAAAGCCUAUGUACAAGAAGCAAGCUAGCAGCACAAAGCAAGUGCAGAAGACUUCUGACAGAGAGAUACAAGGAACGAAAGACGCUCUCAUUCAAGACCUGGAAAGGAAGCUACGAUGCAAAGAUAACCUUCUCCACAACGGCAACCAACGUUUAAGCUACGAGGAGAGAAUGGCUCGUCGGUUACUUGGACCUGAAAAUGCCGCAUCUGUUUUUGAAUCACAGAGUGAGGAAAAUGUGCAGGAUGCACAGCAACAGAAUGUAGAAAGCGCAAGACUGCAAGUACCUGCACCACAAACCAGGAGCAGACCAUCUUCAAGAGGGGAGAGGAGUGAGCAUGGCUCUAUCCAGGAGAAGUUUUUUCAGCCACGUUUUGUGCAAGUGCCUGAAGACUUAACAGUUGAAGAGGGACGAUUCUGCAGGAUUGACUUCAAGGUCAGUGGGCUACCAACUCCAGAUGUGGCAUGGUAUUUAAAUGGCCGGAUGGUUCACCCAGAUGAUUUUCAUAAAAUGAUUGUAUCGGAAAAAGGCUUCCACUCAUUCAUUUUUGAAGUUGUUCGCGUCUCUGAUGCAGGAACAUGGGAGUGUGUAGCUUUUAAUCGUGCUGGAGAAGCUACUUUCACAGUAAAACUGGAUGUAAUUGCACGAGAACAUCGGAAAGCUCCGGCUUUCAUCUUUAAACCACAAAGUACAAAAGUUUAUGAAGGGGAUUCAGCCAGACUCGAAUGCCAAGUCUCUGCUAUCCCUCCACCACAGAUCUACUGGAAAAGAAAUAAUGAAAUGGUACAGUUCAAUACAGACCGAAUAAGUAUGUUUCAUGAUGCUUCCGGGAAAGUCUGCUUGUUGAUCCACAAUGUAAUUAAGAAAGAUGCUGGCUGGUACACAGUAUCUGCAGUCAAUGAAGCAGGAGUGGCAACUUGUCAUGCCAGAUUGGAUGUGGCCACUCACACAUACAAACCACUUCCACAUCCAAAGCAACUGAGGGUUCGACCAACUUUUAGCAAAUACUUGGCGCUGAACGGCAAAGGUUUGGAUGUGAAACAAGCUUUCCUGCCUGAUGAAGGCGAGUUCCAGCGUAUGGCGGCACAGUCCGGACUCUAUGAGAGUGACGAACUUUAAUUGAAAAACAAGGAAGAGAAGUUCUAGGGCUCCUGCCACAGACAUUUAGGUAUGGCACAUAGGUGCAAUUAAGUGGUAGUUGCACUGAUAGGAAACAUAUCUAAUACAUUUUUAAUUUAUAUUUUGACUCCGGCUCUUACUUCCUGCUGUUGUGACUUACAAAUUUGUGAAAAAUCAAUCUUGUGUGACUGUAGCAGUGGGAAAUAUCAAAUGUUUGUAUUUGUAAAGGCCAAGACUCCAGGCAGUGGAUGACUAUGAAAGUGCAGAGGUCUUGAAGGCAUCUAGACUCAGUCACAAGAUGUUUUUAAAAGUGGUUUUUAUUUGUACUGCUUUGUUAAUAUGACUCCCGAUAGUAUUACAAUUUUCUGCUGGCUGAAUACUAAACAUAACUUGAGUGUUUUUAAUGAAAGUUGUAUGUUGAUGCAAAUAAAGUUUU